AGCCAGCCUCACUCGAUUCCGUUAUUGAUCCGAAAAUUGCCCAUAUAUAUACGCCGAGAUUCUCGCAGUUCAUCUGCUUAUAAUCCGAUCGCGCGCUGUAAUGGAUCCAAAGCAGGACACGGUGCCGAUGAAUCGUCAAGUCGCUUCCGACCGCCCCGUCCCGAGUAAGACCGCCGCACGGCGGAGGAGGACGGCGUGCUUGGCUUUCGGAGCGGCGGCUGUCUUGGUGGCGUUAAUCCUCGUCGUACUGGGCUUCACCGUCUUCAAACCCAAAAAGCCGACCACCACCGUGGAAUCAGUUUCACUCAGCGAUUUCAAUUUCUCCAUCGAUUUACUGCCCCCGGCCGUCCACAUCAACCUCACGCUCGACGCGCGCGUCGCCGUCCGGAACCCUAAUCGCGUAGGGUUCAAGUACGACAACAGCUCCGUGUUGCUCAAGUACAGGGGCGAGGACGUGGGCGACGCGCCGAUCCCCGCCGGGAAGAUCGGCGCCCGGCAGACGAUCCCGAUGAAUGUCACCAUAACCGUCAUGGCGGAUCGGCUCCUCUCCAACGGGAAGCUGCUCUCCGACAUCUCCGGCGGAACGGUCCCGCUCUCCACCUACACCAGAAUCACCGGUACAGUUCGGAUCCUGUUCAAAAUUCAUGUGAAAUCAGUUAGCACUUGCGAUUUGUCCAUUGACGUCGGCAGUAGGAGUGUCGCUAAACAGAACUGUGAGUACAAGACUAAAUUAUAGAUCGAUGUGCAAGCAGCUUUGAUUUGUUUCCUUCCUUGUGGACGACUGCGGAUAUAGAUUUACGUACAUUCCAAUACUUUUCAAUUCAUUGAUUAGAGAAUUAGAAGAUGCAUUAUAUACAUACCAUGUAAAAUACUCCCACUCCUCCCAACUUUUUGAGCCUUAUUUACUUGGUAAGUUCUUGAAUGAAGAUCCACAUGAAAU